AUUUGAAUUGUGGCACUUUUGGUUUAAAUUUUAAACUGAGUAGGCAAAAGCCAAAAUUGUUUUUGAUUGUGUUUCAUUGUUUCUGGGUUAAAACAAAGCCCAGAAAACAACUGUCGACAGCCUAAAUUUUGAUUAAUUCGUAAAAAACAGAGACACGUACAAAUUAUUUGCGCUCAGCCAACGAAAUUGUUUCGAUUCGAUUGUGUAUCUAUAUUUUAUUUAAUUUAAGUUUAAUUAAAAGCCAUCCCGAUGGACAUAUUAGAGGAUGAGUUUGUUAUCCCCAGGGAUGAGGAACUGGAGCACGAGGUCGAGCACAAGGCGGCUUCUACCAAGCUGCUGCGAUCCGCACGUCGUCGUCAUAACCAUGACGUCAAUGGCACCGCCGCCAACACCACCGUAGCCGCUCACAUGAUGGCGGGCAAGCCGAAGCCACCGAAGCCGGAGUCCAAGAAGCUGCGCAAAAAGCUGACCGAGUGCGAGCAGGAGAAAAACUCACUGGCCCAGGCCAUUCAAGACAAGAAUCAAGAGAUCAGUGACUUGAAAAAGUCCGUUGAUUCACUUAAUGAUGUCCUAAAUUCGGUGCCCAUAGAUGAGCUGCGCUGCAACUCCUCGAUAGCCAGUACCAAGAUCCUGGAGCUCAGCAAGAAGAACCGUAUGAUGCGUGCCGAACUCGAGCAGACAAAGUCUCGACUGAGCAAGAAGGAGAGUCAGAUCGAGAAGCUGGAGCGAGAUGUGCGGACCCAUAAGGAGAUGCUGCAGGCCAAUCAGGAUUUGAUGAAGAAGGGCACCUCCGCCGAUGAGCUGCAGGCCAAGGUCAACAGCAUGCAACAGAAGCUAUUCGAGACGAGGAACAAGAACACGGAGCUGCAAAACCAAUUAAAGUUGGCACAAAAGUGCCUCCAGCACGAGAUCGGUGGCGAUGCCUUGAAUAUAAACAUAUUGGCUAACAAUCUGAAUCAGGCUAACUGGCGUGGUCGAGCCCAGCAGAUUAUCACACUCACCCAGAAGGUGCAGGAGCUGAAGGCUCGCCUUGACUCAUACGAGGAUCGUUCUCUGGACCGUGGCGUAAUGGACUAUGCUCCAGUGCCCAUGGGCUCCGAUUUGGACAAGGUGCACAGCAGUCCUCGAUCGUGUCACGCCAGCCUGGGUGGUGGAGAUGGUGCUUGCACUGCACCCUUCGAUAGGUUCACGCCCGGCGUGCGAAAGAGUGAGAUUCUGCAUCGUGCCAAAGUUGAGGCCUUGGAAAAGGAGAUUGUGAAUCUGCAGACACAAUUGGAGGAGCAGCGCAGCAAGACCUUGGCCCUAAAGGUGCGCAACAAGACCCUUAACGAGGACUUGAUCAAGUACAAGAUACGUUCCAGCGAGCUGGAAGAGCAGACAGACUACAAUGGAAUCAAUAUAAACACUAUGAACGACAAGCUCUCCAAGCAGCGCCAGCAGUACGAGAGCCGAAUGGACGAUACACGUGCCGAGCUGAUCCGAAUAACUGAGGAGCGGGACACUGCUCGUCGCCAAAUGGAGGAGCUGAGUAGCAUGAAUCUGGAGCUGCAGGGCAUUAUCAAGCAAAAGGAGGUGGAGGUUGUCAGUCUACAGGAUAUGGCCAAGAAGCUGGAGAUGGAUCUGCGUGCUGUCACUGGAGGAUUCCUUUUCUCCUGCCGCGAGUUCCGUAAAGAAGAAUAUGUGGGCAUUCUGGAUGCCUUGGAGGUGGAGAAAAACCAGUUAAUAUUGCUCAACAAAAAUCUAAACGAACGCUUGGAGACGGAGCGCACCAGGGUUGAGGCGGCGCAGGAACAGAUAGGGAAGCACAAGACCCGCAUCAGUCGCUUGGAGGCCAGGGUUCGGGAGCUGGAGAAGGAGCUUGAUGUGCAGUCCGACAAGAAGAAACGCACCCAGCGAAUGGCUGACUAUGCCAGUUCGCUGAGUCGCUCUUCUCUUAGCGGAUCCAUUGGCUCCUUCAGCUUUGAGAAUCAGUCGCAAUACCAAUCGAUCACCACUCUAAAUUCGGCCGGUCAGGUUGAGCCAAAACUGGAAGAAUUAAAGAAUCAAUUGGAAUUGGCUCAGGAGAAGAUCACCAUGCUGACCGAGAAGCUUGAUUAUAUUACUGAAGAGAAGCGCGCUGAUGCCAAGUUCUUUGAGGAGACCAUUAACAAUUCCAAGACCAUUAUCCUGGACACUAUACUCGGGACUCGUGAGGGCAAAGGCACCACAACUACGAGCUCCACUCCAACUGAAGAUGAGCCGGCCCAGAGCCGCUAAUCAAAUAGGAUUUGUAAUUUAGUUCUUUUUUUAACGUUAUUUCCAAAACCGACAAGGCAUGGGGCCACAAUUUGAAAGCUUAAUAAAAAUAGAAAAUCCUCGUUGGGUUUUUCAUAAAUGUUUUA